CCCUGCUGCUAGUGUGGCUAAAAGAAAAGAGAAGAAGAGACAGUCAUGUUGAUAUGAACAUUAGAGAAACACAUCAUGGAGCUGAAAUAUGAUCCUGCUUCCUCAUUUGGACUCAUUCACCUCAGCUGACACAUUCAACAGCAGACAGGUUUUUGUAGCAGUCUGUCUCACUGUGGGAGGAGGCAGCUACCCCAUCUUUGGCUCUGGAACUAAACUGUCUGUAACAGAUGAGCAGGUAGUGAAGCCCGUGGUGAGCGUGUACCCAGCAGCAUCCAGAGCCCACCUGGAGGGGAACAGCUCCCUGCUGUGUGUGGCCUCAGCCAUGUUUCCUCCUCUGGUCCAGUUCUCCUGGAAAAGACAGAAGAAGAACGGCGGAGAAGCGGAGGAGCUGCCCCCUGCUGAGGGAGAGCAGCUGGAGCUCAGAGAGUCGGGACGCACCAUUGCCAUCAGGAUGGUUGAUGGGAGUGAUUCUGACACAUAUAAAUACAGCUGCUGGGUGAAGCACGAGGGGGGCACAGUGGAGGCCCAAACACAACAAGAGGUUCCAGCUCCAGCAGCCUCCUGUCCUCCAGAGAGAGAGCCAGCAGACCUGCCAGCUCUGCAGCCAGCUGACUUGUCCUUCCAGUCUCAGUGCAGGGUGAAGCUGCUCUGCCUGCUGUACACAGUGCUGAUAGUGAAGAGUCUGGUGUACUGCUGUGGACUCUCGCUGCUGAUGAUCCUCACAAACAAGGGACCGUCCACCAACUGCACACAUGCUGACUGACUGUUUUCUGCUCGCCUUUUCUCACCAUCAAAUCUCAUCAAUUCAUCUCAUUCAUCACUUUGAUCAGUAUCACAAAUGUUAGUUAUGAUGUGUUGUGCUUAUUUUGGCUUUUUAUUCAAUAGUUAGAAGAUCAUCUGAAAUAAAUACAUCUUUACAUGUAUUGUUA